UGAUCUCAUGAACGGCUAAACUGCCUUGGCUUAUGUUUUCAGAUCUCUGUUUCCAGUUCUUCGUCGCUAACAAUAGAUUUUGAAUGUGUCAUUGGUGAAUUUACUUCCUUUCUUUGUCAAUUAAUUUAGACUCUCUUUUCGGAAUUAGAAUCUGAAAACGCGGAACACAGUAAGAAAUCCUAACACGUACUUUAAACUUUUCUUUCUGAAAUUUCCUUUCUUGAGUUUGUCCCUGUUUCUUUGUUGCUUUUGGAUUACAACAAGUUGUAAAUCGACAACAAGAAUUUUAAAGGGGGAAAGCCAGAAAGAAAAUAAGGGUUUAUAAAGAUUUUAAGAUGUUAAUUUUAUGUGAAGCGUUAGUGCCAGUUACAUGCAUUCCAAGACUUUCAGAUAAUACUGGCUGGCUUUGAUCAGAUUAGACAACUGAAGUUAUAGAGAAAAAGAAAUUUGGUAUUUUUCUAUGAGUGACCUGUUUUCGUUCUUUUAUAUUCUUAUGCACAAACAGUUAUAUCUAUGAAAUUAAAUUUUUGAUGGAUUAUCUUGCAUUCGUGCUGCAAACAUUCAGGCACUGUUGAUAAGAAAGGGAAAUUUAGGUGCGAACCAUCAUCCUAAUUCAUAAAAGACAUGAUAUUGGUUAAUAGUUGUAUAAGCAUUUUGUGGGUUAUCCUCCUCCUGUAGCAUCAACACAGAGUCAUUAUGCUUUCUAAUGGAAUUGAUUAGUAUCUUAUGGAAUAAAGUCCAAUAUCACUGCCUUAUGUGUGAUGUACCAGAGAUAUGUAUCCGUUCCAGUCCUUCAAAAAGGAAAUUAAAGUUGUCAUUUUGAAUAUCUCUCGAAUCCUUGAUGUGCACGGGUCCUUACUAAAAAUCAUUAAGCUGUGUCAAAGUGUUUUUCUGGGGAAUUGGUGGUAACUUUCUUGCUUCAUUAUCUUCUAGAUUUAUGUUAUGAACACUGAAUGACCUUGAACUGAUAUUUGAUUCAUCAUUCUCCUGAUAGUUAGUUUUGGUUGCUCCUCCUUUGGACAUGAUGCAUUUCAGACUUAUUUCAUGGAAAUAUACGUUAAAGUUUUUGAUAUACAGUUUUUGGGUGUAUACAGAUCUCAGAAAACGGCAAUGUAUCUGUUGCCAGAUACUCUGAGCUCAUAUUCAGGUUCUUGUCCAGUUUCAUAAGAUAUACAGUUGCUCCUUAAUCCAUUUAGCUACUAUGUCCCUAGUUCUGUUGUCUAUCCCUCCGUUUUUAGCCUCUGACUGAAUCUUGGAACUACAAGUUAUAAUUAAAGUUUGGCUUGAGUUAAUUUCUUUACAUUUUUUUGGAUUAUCAAAACUUUGAUCGGUUGGAUAUUUGGAAUCAUGAGAUUGAAACUAUGAUGGGGAAUAUAAUCCAAAAAAAUGUAAGGAAAUUGAUUAUGAGAAAUUAUGGUAUUAAUUAUUGCCAGUGGUUCUGUUACCCACUGGUUUUAUCCGAGUUGGUUGGGUUGCAAUCUCUAGAAGUUAAAUUUGGCAGCUAAUUAUGUCUCACAUGGACAUAUAUUCUGGACGGGAAAAAUAUUGAUAUAUAAAGGUGGCUUUUUUAUGGAGGUUGCAAUGAGUUCUCCCUGUGAUGCGGUUUUUAUUUUGGAAUUUUGGCACUUAUAAAAUGUUUUGUAAAAUUUGAAUCUUAAGCACAACUCUGCAACAUGCUCAUUUCAUAGAACAGAAAAAGUGUGCCUUUCUUUUUUGGUAUUUUAAUGAAAGUAGGAACUGAGGCUUCUUUUUUUACAAUUGUGACUUGUGAAAAUUGUAUUUUCAUGUGAUCAGUUCAGAAUAAUUUGUAGUAUGCUUAAGUGGAUGAUUGCAGCAUUGAGGUCUUACAAAUCAAUGUCUUCUGGUGGUGGAAGUGGAUGCAGCAAGCAAGAAUCCGAGGCAUGCAUGGAUAUGAUUGAACAUUAGUUGUAAAGCCAUCAACCUUCAUAACUAGUUCAUUUUAUUGCUGGUGCAUGCUGAAUCUAGUGUGCCACAACUUUGUUCAUUUUAUUGCUUCUCUUGAGAAGAUGAAACACCGACUCAAUGUGACAGACAAUAUAAGGUGCAGUCGCCAUGUGCACUUUCAUGUAUUUGAUGGGUCAUAAAAACAAGGGAAACUCUUACUUUAAGAAUUAUUUUUAAGCAUAUUUUCUCAUGCUCGUUCUCCUAAACUAUUAAAAAUGGAUGUACUUUGAGGAACCUCUGAAGGGACGAAAACAUGUAUCCUGAAUUUUUAUUUUUUGGGUGGAAAAAGAUUGGGACAAACCCGAAACAGAGUAAAAGAAAGCCUAAUCACAAAUGAAACUUGUAGCCAUUCCAUCACCAAGCAAGGGAAAGUGGUUGCAACAUAGGCUCAACAAUUGUAAAGGGAAAGUUUCUUUAUUUCUUUCUACUCUUUAUUUUUAUUUUUCGCUCUCUUCAUAUAUAUUUCUUUAGGAUUUUUUUUCUUAAUUUUUUUUUAGAUUUUUAUUCUCUUCUUCUCUAUCAAUAAUAAAAAAAGGAGAAGCAAAUCUAAAAGAAAAGAAAAAGGAAAUAAACAAUUCGCAGUAGUGUUGAAUAUAAAGCGUCGGAAUUUAACAACUCUGAAAAUGUUAAUGCAACAGCUAUUGAUGUUAGUUGCUGUUUAAGAAGAGAAGUAGAAUAUGUUGGUGACAGGUAACAAUCUUUUCAAAGCAUCGACGAGCUUUACGACUGGAAGUUUUGGAUUUUUUCUUACUGAUGAAUGCAGAAAACUGACUACUUGUUGGGUUGAGUAAAAACGAGCUGAGCCCUCAGAAAAAUUGCCGGUAGUUUGGGAAGAUCCUGAUGACGAUAGUGGCAGUGAUUAUGAUGAAGAAGUUGAAGAAUUGGAUGACAUGGAUUAUGAGAGUGAUUGGGAGGAAGAAACAUAUACUAAAUCUACUGCUAGGGAUAAUUGAUAAUUCCACAUCCAACAAUUAUGAGGACGAGGAUUCGGAGGAAGACACAUACGUUGCAUCUACUAUUACUACGACAGUUCGUAACUCCACAUCAAACAAUUAUGAGGAUCUAUCUAAAGGAUGGGAAGAAAAAGAACCUGAAUUGAAGACGAUAUUAUGAUAUUUAUGGUAGUCUCUGAGGCUUAUACCUCCAUUAUUCAGGCGAAAUGGAAGCCACUCCAGACGCUUGCAUUAUCAGGACAGAUACGAUUUAUGGAUAAGUUGCUAGCAGAUGGACUUAAUAUCGACAGUGGGGAUAAGGAUGGUCUCACAGCUCUGCAAUUGGCAAUUGUUGGUAAAGAGGAGGCUGCCAUUAGUCAUCUUUUAAGAAAAGGUGCAAACCCUCAUGUCAAAGGAGAUGGUGCUAGCUCUCUCCAUUAUGCAGUUCAAAUUGGUGCCCUGCAGACUGUGAAGCUAUUAAUCAAAUACAAUGUUGAAGAUAAUAGCCAGGUGAUCUGAGAGAGAAAACAUGAGCGACGAUAGAACACUCACAAAAAUUUCCCACUUUGAUGGUCAUUAUGAUCAUUGGAGUGAAUUGAUGGAGAAUCUUUUGCGAGCAAAAGGCUUAUGGAGUUUGAUUGCUGAGGGCUACAUUGUGCCAGCAGAAGGAGUUGAGGUAACAGCUGACCAGUAGAAACAAUUGGAGGAUCUCAAGUUAAAGGAUCAUCAGGUGAAGCACUACCUUUUCCAGGCGAUUGAUCGGACAGUAUUUGAACAGAUCUUGGAUCGUCAAACAUCCAAGAUUGUUUGGGAUUCAAUGAAGAGGAAGUUUGGAGGAAAUGAGAGGGUGAAGCGAUCUCUUCUCAAUACUCUGAGGCGAGAAUUCGAGGUCCUUGCCAUGAAGACGAACGAGAAAAUUGACGAUUACUUUGCAAGAGUAAUGAUAGUUUCGAACAAAAUGAGGAGCAAUGGGGAAGACAUGCCAGAUUCAAAGAUCGUUGAGAAGAUGUUUCGAACACUGACAGAAAAAUUCACAUAUGUGAUGGUUUCUAUUGAGGAAUCCAGAGACACCGGAAGUAUGUCUAUCGAUGAGUUGCAAAGCUCUUUGGCUAUUCAUGAGCAAAAAUUUAGGAGAACUAGUUAUGAAGAGGAAGAUCAAGCUCUCAAUGUUCGAGGAAGAGGUAGAGGUUCCUACAGAGGCAGAGGUAGGGGUAGAGGGCGAUCUUUCAAUAAGGCAUCGGUCGAAUGCUAUAAAUGUCACAGCCUGGGACAUUUUAGUUUAAUUGAAAUAUCUUAUUUUUUACUUAUUUACUAAAAUAUAUUUUUUAAAUUCGAUUUGGUUAUCGUGAUUAACUCUUUUAUUCGGUUCAU